CAUAAUUAUGUUAAACUUUUUUUGAUAAUAGUCAAGAAUAUCAUUAUUUAUUCCGUUUAGAUAAAGAGUGCAUAUUUUUAAGAAGUUUAAGUGUACGGACUUUACGUGAAAUUAUUUGUGAUUUGGUCUUUAAGGGUGAUAGUGUAUAUAAUUUAGUUCAGUAAAUGUUUGUGGAAGUGUUCGUGAAUGGUAAAACAACAAUGCCAAAGGACACAAAAAUAGUUGUAUUCUUCCUUUCAACACUUACCAGAUUAAGUCAAGGCUCGUUCUACCUCUCGACUGAGAACUCUACCUGGUUGAACGCGUCAUCCCUCUGUUCAUUAGGUACACCUAAUAUCAACCGUACGUCUGAAUCACAUUAUGCAGACAUAUCUGACAUAGAAUUGCGUGAAAAUGAGAGGGUAUGGACAGGCUUUUACAAGACAAUGAAGAUUUUGGAAUAUAUUGACUGUAUGCAUUUAGAUGAUAUAGUACGUUUGGGCGCAAAGCCUCUACCUGGAGAUAUUGAUGGUAGUCCGUCUGCAUGCAUAGGCCAAUGUGAAAACUCUCAAUUGUUUGGUGUCAGUAAUUCUAAGUGUUUCUGUUUAAAGCAGAAAUCCAUCAAGUUCCGUAAAACGUCCAUGAAAACGAAGUGUACUACACAAUGUCAGUAUCCUCGAGGUGUAGUGUGUGGAUUUGAAAAUGACACCGACACAUAUUUGUCAGUAUACAAGCUUAAUGAAAACGUUUUGGCCAGAAGUUUCAAAGAAUCAACUCUGGAGGCAGAAAAAGAAAACCAUUGUCUUGCCUUUAAUCUCGCAAAAAGAAAUUUCAUAUGGAAGAACUGCAAGCACGCGUUCAAACAUCUGUGCUACACUGACCAUGAGGUAGUGAAAAUACCCAAUAUGAGUACAUGGAGUGACGCUGCAAAUUACUGUUUUGCAAUAAAAAGUGUGCCGGCUUCAAUAAAUAACCCAGUUACUGUCGAAAACGACGAUAUUGAGUAUUUAUGGACUGGAGUGAUAAGACUAAACAUUGUUUAUAAAAUUGACAACUAUUACAAAGAUGAGAACAAUGAGGAAAUAAAAUACGGGGUGUUGUCAAAAGAACCAUCUGGCAGAUAUUUACUUACAUUUGAGAACGUACGUGAUCGUCGGAGAAGUUUAUGUCACAAACGUUUGCAAGGUUCAAAGAUUUUAUCUAUUGUACCAGUGCUUAUUGCCGUAGCCAUUGCUAUUUUUAUCAUCGGCGUCGUUGCCAUUGCAUGUCGUAUUAUGGUAAAAUAUAAAAGAAGACUAAGAAAGGCGAAAAAACAAGUUGUAAGAACAAGUGAAUCGGACAAACACUAUGAGGAGAGUUCGUUUACUUUAGAGUCCACUGAGGAGCAUCCGUGUCACCAAUAUUUCGUUGUUGAACCUCACGAAAAGAAAGUGACAACGCCUGCAAAUACCUAUAAUAAACCAUUUAGAUUGAACGGUAUUGCAAGAGGUGCAACUAUAACAAACGGCAGUCAAAUGCACAUGAAUGGCACUGAUAAUCAACAAUACAAUACGCUUAGUAGCUGCAAAGUAGGUAAAAGUAUGGAGAAUGAUGUUGUAUACAAUAAACUAGAUGUAAAGAACGAACGAAGUGCAAAGUACACAGAUAAUGUGUAUGACAGUUUUAAAGGACAUCAACUAGACAAAACAGAGUUAAGUGAUGUUGAAUAUAAUAGGUUGGAUGCUAAAAUCAGAGGCAAUAUGCACACAGAUAAUGUGUAUAACAGUUUUGCAGACAAAGGGAAGCAAAGACGUUUUGAAUAUGACAAGCUAGAUGUUAGAAAAGACGGAGGCAAAAAGCACACAGAUGGUUCAUAUGACAGUUCAGGCCAACGUGAAAAUCGGAAGAGAGAACAAAUCGGAGUUGAAUAUAAUAGACUAGAGGUUAGGAAAUAAAUGUGAAAAGUGCACUGGUACUGUGAAUUAUACUGUGGGCACACACUGAAUCGAGGAAAGGAACGUCAGUGGGACUGAAUAUAACAAUCUUAUCGCUUACCAAAUCAAUAUGAAAUCAAAAGAAGAACUCUUAAAAGAUACCCUAAAAAAUAGGUGUACACUAAAUGAAAUUCAGGAAGAAACGACCACAUGCAAGCUAAAAUGAAAUGUGUACCACAUGCAAUCUAAAAUGAAAUGUCAGUUGUUCUUUUGAAACCUGGUAAUGAUAAAAACCUUUUAUAUGAUACUGUAUUCAUAUUGUAUAUUUUAGCCUUGCCUGCACAAACAUUUUAUUGCAUUGUAAUUGGUUAAAAUUGCUGUAGUGUUAGUUAGCCAAAUAAUGAUACAACACAUGAUAUGGAAAUAGAAGGAACUUACUGUCUAUAUACGUUUCUUGCUUUUUAGGCAAAUUGAACGAGAACGGCCUAUUGACUACGACCCUUGUACUUUUAUUUUACUCCUAUACAGCACAUACUGUAAAAUAUAUUAAAGUUAUUUUGUU